GGCACCUUUGUCUGCUGGGAUCCUGGAGUUGUUUGCAAGAAAAAGGCAAGCAGCAAGCUCAGCAGACCAAAUGUCUGGAGGACAAAAGAAGAGACGGGUUGGAAUAGUGGGCUAUGGACACCUAGGGCAAUACCUUGUGAAACAGCUCCGAGAUAACGGUGUCCAACAUGGCUUGGAGCUGGCCUUCGUUUGGAACCGGGAUGCCAGGAAGCUGGAGGGCACGGUACCACUGGAGCUGAGGUUGGCAAAGCUAACCAAUGUAUUGGACUGGCAUGCCGACAUCAUUGUUGAAGUGGCACAUCCCUGUAUUGCCCAAGAACACGGGGAGUCAUUUCUCAAAGCCACAGAUUUUAUGGUGGGUUCGCCGACCGCCCUGGCAGAUGUAGGCACAGAGCAAAAACUACGAGAAGCUGCACGACGGGCUGGGCACACCCUCUACAUUCCCAGUGGGGCUCUAUGGGGUGGCCAAGACAUCCAAAGGUUGGACAGGGGAGGGAUGCUUCAGGCAUUAACCGUCACCAUGGCAAAACACCCGGACAGCUUCCGGCUGGGUGGGCACCUGGGGGAACUGGCUAAGGGUGCCCGGCAGGAACGUGUGGUGCUCUACAAGGGACCCGUGAGGCAACUCUGUCCCCUGGCCCCCAACAAUGUCAACACCAUGGCAGCGGCCUGUAUGGCAGCACCCAGCCUGGGUUUUGAUGGUGUACAAGGCUGCCUUAUCGCUGACCCUGUCCUCUCCAACCACCACGUGGUGGAGACUGAGGUGACUGGGCUUGGAGGUUUCUCUGUCCACACCAGGCGCAAGAACCCAGCUGCUUCUGGUGCUGUCACAGGGGAAGCCACCUUUGCUGCUUUCUGGAGCAGCCUCUUAGUAUGUCAAGGCCAUGGAGGCCAAGUCUUUCUUUGCUGAGCGGCUACACUCUCAAGAGGAUAUGCUUUUGGUGCUGGAGAUUCAUUUACACUGAGCUGGCAGGGCAGCAACCCUCAAGCCAAGACCCCUCCCCAAUCUCCUCCCACACCUUGUUGCAUGUUUUAGUAAAAUGGCGGCGAACCUUUUUCAGGCCCAAGUGCCCAAACUGGGGGUGGGGGAACUAGCAGGAGGCGCGCUGUGGUGGUGGUGGAACCAGAAGUGGUGGCGGAAGAGGGAAUCCCGGACAUGGAGGUGCCUCAAGACUCCAUUCUGGAUCCCCCACCAAUGCCAGCAGCUCCGGAUCCUGGCCCGCCGAAGUGGCCUGUCGAAGUGCUAGCACCGCGGCUGCAGCUGCCACCUCAGGUUUGGCUGACUUAUGGCUCGCAUGCGACUUAUGGAUCUGGCGACUUAUGGCUCGCAUGCCCCCAGAAAGGGCUCUGCGUUCUAGCUGUGGCCCACAUGCCAUAAGUUUGCCAUUGUU